AGGAGAUGUUAUGAGUCAGAACUUAAAACAAGGUGUUAACUCACUAGAGUUGAUAGAAACCAUUUCAGAUCCUGAUUCCAGUGGGAAAAUCUCCUCAACCCAGAACUUGGGGUGAGUACAACAAAGAAAUUUUGUUAAAGUUAAAGUUAGAGUUAAAGUAGAAUUUAGAUGGGACAGAUGUUAGAGAGCAUUGUCAAGGUGAUGGAAAGCCAAGGUUUGAUUAUAAUUUUGGAGCAGAUCACUGAACUUUUAGAAACUGUAAGCACAUAUGUCCUUGUUUCUCUAUGGAAAAAUACAACUGGCUUUUAGGUGUUAGAAUGAGGAAAAAGAAGAAAGCAGGAGGAGGAGGUACCAACUAAACUAGGUGAAAAGGAUGAAGAAUCAGAUUCACAGUAGGAGAAAUUAGAUCAUUCCUCAUCUCGUGACCCUCUCCCCUCAAUUAACCCUUCAUGGGUAGAGGGAGAAUGAGGAGGGGGAGAGGCAGUAAUGCAGUCAGAACCCCCUAUUAAGGAGCCUGUGACAAAAUUAGAAAAGACAUAAUAAUUAAAGCAAAAAAUGAAGGACAAGAUGUAUCUGAUUUUAUAAAUGCAUAUCCUGUGAUUGAAGAGUGUGAGGUCAAAAAAGGGAGAAGAUACACGCCUUUUAUUUUGGAAAAAAUUAAGGAUUUGAAAAAGGGUUGCACUCUUUAUGGGACUACAUCAUUUGUUAAGAUGUUGCUAGAUAAUUUGUCUUAUGAAAUCUUAACCUUGAGUGAUUGGAAAUCCAUAGCAAAAACAUGUUUAGAACCUGGACAAAACUUGUUGUGGCCUUCACUAAAAUAGAGCAAGGUCUCAAUGAAACUUAUGUGGAUUUUGUGGGACGUUUGCAGACAGCUGUAACAAGAACCAUUGGAGAGAAUGCAGCUACAGAAAUAAUGACCAGACAUCUGGCUGAGAGCUCAUUGUAGAUAUGGAGAUAGAGUGAGAAGAUAGAAUGAGAAAACCCAAAACCCCAUGUCCAAAAUGCAACCGAGGCUUCCACUGGGCCUCAGAGAAAUGAGAGGCAGGGCCCAUCUCCAAGAUAUCAAUCAAAUGACAGAUGGGGCAUUAUGGCAGCUGAGGUUUCACACCCAGAAAGUCUUUAGAAGGUCAGGACUCUAAGCCUAAAAGUAAUUACUUGGCAGAAAGAGAUUACAGUUGGGGAGAAAACCCGGCUUUUUAACCCAACAAGGCAGUGUCCAAUGCAAGCAGCUCCAGUGUAAUUGCCAGAUGAUGAGAAAUCCAGAAAGUGGUAAAUAGAAAACAAUUAGUUAGGUUAACUGUUUGGGGAAAAGGUUUGCUUGUAUUUCUACAGAUUGAGAAGGAAUCAGAUGGGUGCCAACGACCCAUGUUCGCCUUGUCCAUCAGAGAGAGAGAGAAAAACCUCAAAGCAAAGAAGAUUUAAGAAACAGCUGACUUGGAAAGAACAUGGCUGACAAUGAGACUGUUAAAAAGAAUUUUUAAAUCUUCAGGAAUCAUUGGAUUCCUUAACACAAGGAUUCUGCUAUUGAUCUUCAACUUUUGCUAGGAAGAUGAACCACGCACACCAUAUGCAUGGUAUGAACCAUAUGAAUGAUAGUAGCACUAUGCCUCCCCACCAUCCAUCCACUACAGCCUCUCAUGGAGAUCAUGGAGGUCAUGGAGGAGGAGGAGGAGGCAGCAUGAUGAUGCCCAUGACCUUCUACUUUGGCUAUAAGAAUGUGGAAUUGCUGUUUUCUGGAUUGGUGAUCAAUACACCUGGGGAAAUGGCUGGGGCAUUUGUGGCUGUCUUUUUGUUAGCGAUGUUUUAUGAAGGCCUCAAGAUAGCCCGGGAGAGUUUGCUCCGUAAGUCCCAGGUCAGCAUUCGCUACAACUCCAUGCCAGUCCCAGGGCCAAAUGGAACCAUCCUUAUGGAAACGCACAAAACUGUUGGGCAACAGAUGCUGAGUUUCCCUCAUCUUCUGCAGACAGUGCUGCAUGUCAUACAGGUGGUCAUCAGCUACUUCCUUAUGCUUAUCUUUAUGACCUACAAUGGAUACCUCUGCAUUGCAGUGGCAGCAGGUGCUGGAACAGGCUACUUUCUCUUCAGCUGGAAGAAGGCAGUGGUAGUGGACAUCACAGAGCACUGCCAUUAAUGUCAGACUCUAGGAUGUGAUGUGGCCUUAUUUACCACAAUGGGAAGUAACUGGAGACUUAGGGAGUUGAUUUCAAAGUCCUCCCGUUGUCCCUCCAUGGCCCCUUGCCUCCCAUCACUUGCAUAGACAACAAAUCAAGGAGGUUUGUCUACUAACCUCCAAGCUGGAUGAUGCCCUCCCCAAACUGUUGAUUUCUGCUACUAGACCGAGAUCCUCAGUUCUCCACUAAUCAAGGUAGCCUUUUUUCUAAUGAAUUUGAUUAUCUACUUCCCCUUUUUAAUUUUAAUUAAAAAAAAUUUUUUUUGAGUCAUAUGCAGAAGGGGUAACUCAUACCCACCCCAUAACACUAUGUUUGUUGGACUCAGUGAGGAAAUAGGGUGUGCCUUUGCUGAGGUGUGAAGUGUUGCAUGGCAAUCUGAGAAUCUGAAGAAGGAUUUGAGUUAAAUAAAAGUGUGAUAGUAUAAAAAAUGUGUUCCCUUGAAUCAUAGCAUUCCGGGUCAGAAGCUUCUGUUUACCUUUUUAUUCUGAUCUCACCAAUCACAAUUGACAAUCAACUUAAUAGGAAAUAUUUUCAAAUAAAACCACUGGCAUCUUUUCAUCUUGUUCCCUUAGUUGUUUAUAGCUUUGUGAAAUGAAAAUUCUCAUGCUUGUCUAUAGUAGUUAUUGGGGUAGGUACCCUAGCACAAGAAUCCUCGAUUAAAGGGAGGCAUCUCUGAAUGAUUUACAUUUCCCAGAUUACUCUGCUGGCUUCAUCUUAGCACCAUUUCUUACUAGUGAAAUCCUCCAGCCUGUUCUGUCAGUGUCAGUCUUGGCCCAUGGGGCAAUGUAUUAAAAUAAUACAAGGUCUGUCUUUAGCUUUAAAAUAAGGACUGAUUUUGACCUUUUUUUUUUUCAUUUGAGGACUUAAUUGCCUAAAAGAAUGUCCAUUGUGAAAGAUUCCUUCCCCAAUAUUCUCAAAAGGGAUCAUUUUUGCUGUUGAGCUUACUUUGCAAAAGUCCAAACUACCUCUAUAAAUCUUUCUGAGCUGGCCUAAUUCUGCCCUCCAUGGUGCUUGAUACUCUCUCUAUGCCCUAGGGCAAAAGAGACAAAGUACAACUGCUGGUGGGUUAUUAUUUUUUUUUUUUUUAGUCUACACUCUUCCUAGAAAAGGCUACACCCUUUUAUGAUUGUAGGGACUCAUUGGGCUUCAUGACCCAGCGCAGUGCUACCAGUGGAAAGAGCUUAUUUCCCAGCUCUGCCACAAACCUGUCACUAAGGCUCCUUGAACCUUCUUAAAAGUAAGGGGCUCAGAUAGAUGACCCAAGGUCCCUUCUAGCUCUAAAUCUAUGAUCCUACCCAGGUCUGUUCCGGAAUACAUUCUUUGAGGUUACUUGGUUCCCAGAAUCUUAUUAAUAAAGAAAUUUGGCACAUUUCAGCACAUUUGGUUAUUUAAGAAUAAAUAUUCCCUUUAUUUAUAUUUUCUCAGUUUUCUCUACUUACUAUCAUAAAUUAUUCUACCUUUUAUUGGGCAUUAUUUUUUUUUGGUCAAAUCAGCUCCCACUUAGAAGUGCCUAUGGCUGGAGAGUAUAUCCCAGAACUCUGUGCCUGACAGCCAGCACCAUCAAUGCAUCUCCUUACACUUUUAAAGCCAUGUGGGAUUAUUGAAGGUUUUGAGUUAAAUGGAGUUUAAGUUGGGACUAUAAGCCAAAACAUGAUGGUGCUUUGUAAUUCUUUUUUUUUUUUUUUUCUGGAAUUCAAAUCAACUGAGCAUGUGACAAUUAUCAAGGAGCACCUCCACAGUCCAAUGCUAUGGAUUUUACGUCUAUAAUGUGACACUAAUGUCAAGGAAUAGUAAAACUAAUAAUGAAAUGGUGCUGAAAACCAGUUUCAGUUGUGUUGCUUUCUAGGAAUUUUGACCUAGACAGGGUGAUAAGGGACCACACCCCGUAAAACAAAUUGUAUUUACAGUUGCUGGAAGGAAAAACAUUCCCUAGCUUCACUUUCUUAGAUUUUAUGCUAUUCAGGAUAUUUUGUGUAUGUUUGUCUCUUGUCUGUGCCUGUAUUUUGAAGGAUUUUAACAAGAAGUGAUUGUAUUACUGGAAUGUCUGCUUUUCCUUCCAAACUGAGAAUUGGGGUUCUGGUGAUAUACAGCCUCAUCCAUCUUGUUUCAUUCCUUCCUCAUUAGUCUUCUAAACCAUUUGCUUCUUGUAUUUUCCCCUUUUAGGGCACCCCAUUGUAACCCUCUCCUGUAGAGCUCAAAAUGUACUGUGUGGGUUCUACAAGUACAGAAACCAUUUCACUAGUACACCAAAUUUGUCUUGUUGAGGUCAUGCUUGCAAACAAUGGUUCUCAAGAGUUGAGUGGUCUUCUGGAUAUAUGUAUGUAUAAAAUAGCUCUGUGUCUGAUCUGGGGUUGAAAAACUGUAUUACAGCUAUACACAAAUGCAUAAAUCCCCAGUGUUGCCAGAGUGCCAGUUGUUUGCCCUCAGAACCUGGUAUAGUGCCUUGCACAUGGUACUAGGAAUCCAAAUGUUAUGUGGUAGAUUCAGUGAGUGGUAACGAUAUGGCCAUUGUGGAAAGGUAGGGCACUUGGCCUGAAUUCUUAAUGAAGAUUUCCUCAUGGUUAAAGGAAUGCUAGAUUUCCUUUCCACUUGGGGAUGCCGCUGUGGGGUUCCCUCCUUAAUGCUGGUGAGCCACACCAGCCUGCCUCUAGCUACCAAAGGACUCCCCAUUGAAUGUGUGGUCACCUGAAAAUACAGCUACUUUCCUACCUGUAAUUUUGAUCUGUCCUCCUUAUGCUUCCUUCAGUCGGAUGUUUCAAUAGAAGCAAGUUUCAUUUUACAAAAUGCCUUAUUCAGUGUGUCUGCCUUGAUUUUUUUUUUUCUUUGUCCAUUUUAGAUUGUAAGCUCCUUGAGGGCAGUUUUGCUGUUACACAGCUGUAGAGUGCCUAACAGUGCCAUGUGCAAAAGAACAAAAUAAAUAUUUUGAUUCUG